AAAACAAAUUGAAUAAAUUUAGUAGUGGAUGAGGAACCUCCAAUCCUCGUAUAUAAAUUAGCCCCAGUCCGCAAAGAAAAAAAAUCAUAAAAAGAAAAUUCUGAAUCUGUUGCCUGGGUGAGGUUGAUCGGGGAAAGAAGAAGGGUACAUGGUUGAUAUACAAGUCCAGAUCCCAGCAUCUUUCGAUCCAUUUGCUGAGGCGGAAUUAACAGAUGCAACAGAAGAAUAUGUUCAUAUUCGCAUCCAGCAGAGGAAUGGAAGGAAGAGCUUGACGACCGUUCAAGGGCUGAAGAAAGAACUUAGCUACGACAAGAUUCUCAAGGAUUUCAAGAAGGCUUUUUGUUGUAAUGGUACUGUUGUGAAUGACAAAGAGCUUGGAAAGGUCAUUCAGCUCCAAGGCGAUCAGCGCAAGAACGUCUCUACGUUUCUUGUCCAGGCCGGGAUUGUCAAGAAAGAUCGGAUCAAGGUUCAUGGUUUUUGAGGACCAUUACUUUCCUCAUGUUGCCUUUUAUUACUCUUUAUAAUUAUAAUAAACUACUUUCUUUCUCUUUUA